AUGUGCAAUUACGAGACCGAAGGGACGAAAUACGGCUGUGGCCACUACAAAGUCACAAGGAAACUGACCAAACGGGACUGCGGAAAUCGCUACUGCAAGUUCUCGUCUCGACACGCGAGACCAUGUCCACACUGCCCGACUUGCGAACAAUAUCUUGGUCCGGACUUCAAAGAGAAUGUCGUAGAAGUCAGACAAGAGUACUGCACGACCUGCCACUACUGGUACGAGGGCGAGGGUGCUCGUCCUCGCCGGUAG